GGGUCCGUGUCUGUGUCUUGCGGCAGCGGGUGAGGCCAGUUGGAUGAGGCCAGUGCGACUCAUGAAGGUGUUCGUCACCCGCAGGAUCCCCCCAGAGGGCAGGGCAGCGCUCGCCCAGGCCGCAGACUGUGAGGUGGAGGAGUGGGAUUCAGACGAGCCCAUCCCCAGCAAGGAGCUGGAGCGAGGCGUGGCUGGGGCGCACGGCCUGCUUUGCCUCCUCACUGAACGUGUGGACAAAAGGCUCCUGGAUACCGCAGGAGCCAAUCUCAAAGUCAUCAGCACACUGUCUGUGGGCGUCGACCACUUGGCUUUGGAUGAAAUCAAGAAGCGCGGAAUCCGUGUGGGCUACACCCCAGAUGUUCUGACAGACGCCACUGCGGAACUUGCUGUCUCCCUGCUGCUCACCACCUGUCGCCGGCUCCCGGAGGCCAUUGAGGAAGUGAAGAAUGGCGGCUGGACCUCCUGGAAGCCCCUGUGGAUGUGUGGCUACGGCCUCACGAAGAGCACCGUGGGUAUCAUCGGGCUGGGGCGCAUAGGCCAGGCCAUUGCUCGCCGGCUGAAACCGUUCGGUGUCCAGAGAUUUCUGUACACAGGGCGCCAGCCCAGGCCUCAGGAAGCAGCAGAAUUCCAGGCAGAGUUUGUGUCCACCUCGCAGCUGGCCGCUGAGUCUGAUUUCAUCGUGGUGGCCUGCUCCUUAACGCCUGCGACCAAGGGGCUCUGCAACAAGGACUUCUUCCAGCAGAUGAAGAAAACAGCUGUGCUUGUCAACAUUAGCAGGGGAGACGUGGUAAACCAGGACGACCUGUACCAGGCCUUGGCCAGCGGUCAGAUUGCAGCUGCUGGACUGGAUGUGACGACCCCUGAACCACUGCCUAAGAACCACCCUCUGCUGACCCUGAAGAACUGUGUGAUCCUGCCUCACAUUGGCAGUGCCACUCAUGGGACCCGAAACACCAUGUCCUUGUUGGCAGCCAACAACUUGCUGGCUGGCUUGAGAGGGCAGCCAAUGCCCAGUGAACUCAAGCUGUAGCCAGACAGGAGACACGGAGGGCCAGGCAGUCAGUGCCCAGCCACUGUCAGAUGCGCCAGGCUUGAUUCGGACCCACAGGACCGGAGCCAAGAAGUCUGACCGGUAGAUGUACUUGCUACUUUUGUGGUUGGAAACAUCUGUGCUAAAAAUGUGUAAUUGUAUUAAAGAAUUCUCUGAGA